AUGUUGUCCUCACCAGACGAAAUCAAAUCCGCCCUCGACGCCUACCGCGCCCACGUCGCCUCCCGAAACCGCAAGAUCCUCGAGGUCUACGUCCCCUUCAUCGCCAGCGCGGAACCGGACGAGGACGCAGACGCGGGGGCGGACGACGUGGAACAGCUCCGCAUGAGCAGCCUACGAGAGCUCGUCUGCGCGGACGAGGAGGACUUCGAAGAGCUGGGCAUCGCCGCGCCGGGGGACGUGCUGGAGCGGUAUGACGCUCUGGCGGAGAGACUCGGUCUCGACGGUGUUACCGUCUCUCGCGGUCUCGCGGGGGAGAGAAGACAAGAGUGGUGGGACGAGUAUUUCGACGCUGUGCUCUCUGCGCUGAAGACCAAGUGUCGGGAGGAGGUGAGGGGAACGAUAGAGAUUCCCGCGGAGGUGAGGACGCUGGCGGGGUUUGUCGAUUCCGUGGACGAGCCCGGUUUACCGAAGGAUUACGCGUCGUUUUUGUUUUGGGGCCUGAGGGAUAGAAUUCAAGGCUGGGGGGACCACGGACGUAAGGCGGCGGAGACUGUAAGGAAAUCCGAGGAGAUCAUGAGCGGUUUGGAUCGGACUUGGGAGGUUGCCGGCGGUUGGGAGUUGGGGGACGGGGGCGAGGAGGGGACUUUUUGCGCUGUGUACUGCCGGCGGGAGCGGGAAGAGGACGAGGAUGAGGAGGAGUGGGAGUGGAGGUACACAUAUGUGACGCAUUGCGAUUUCUCAUCGUGGGUUUUUGAUACGAUUCCACAGAUCUUGGAGUGGUAUCGGGAGUUCCGCGACGAUGAGGACCCGCCCAAGGUGGACGACUUAGACGCGACUGAUGUCCUAUAUGGAAUAUUCUGA